GACAAUGAAGGGCGAAUGAGGAGUGACGGAGCUCUCGAAGCUUGCGCUCCAGAAUCGGAAGGAGUGGAGCGAGAGUAUGGGCGACAAACCGCUCUGGAACAAAGAUUUAAUCAACAUCUCUUUGAAUCCGGAAAAGUCGCCUACCUUUUUCCUCUGGAUUUGGAUCCCUUUCCUGCUCUUUCGGCUCCUCUUCUAUAAAACGCCGACCUACUGCUACUGCUUCCGCCUCUGUGUUCUCAGCCAUGGUGCUCGAGGGUCAUCCCCAGACCAAGGUUGAGAUCGGCAUUCCAUCGAACGAUUCGUGCGCGCCGGCGGCGGCAGCGAUCAAGUCCUCAAAGAGGAGCAGGCUGAAUAAGACCCCUCAGCGCGGCCUCGGGGUCGCGCAAUUGGAGCGUCUCCGCUGCCUCGAAGAGCAGCACAAGAACGCCGGCGACGCUUCUUCCUCCUUGGACCCCUCACAGCCUUUUGGACUCUCGCCGCCGCCACGGCCUGUAACCGAUGCCGCCGCCGUGAAUGAGCAGCAACGGCCGCACCAGCAACAGCCGCCAGGAUUUUCCCCGACGCUUUGGGAUGCUGUCGAUCUUAACGAUGAUCCUUCAGUGAAGAAAAUCGAAACCCCUUUUUUCAGUAGCAAUGCCCGAUCGGCAAACUUGGUCUACAUGAAGCGGCAACAGCGACCGCCAACUGAACUGGUGAAUUCUUCUUCGACAUUUCUCAUGUCACCUGGAGUGAAUCAGCCUAUGGAGCCCCCUUCAAACCAAAACACCUCUAACAAUUACGACUUGCUUUCUUGUUGGAGAGAUCAGGGAAAGAAUUUAGUAGAAAUAGUUGGCAACAAGCUGUCUCACCCUUCUCACCUCGACAAUCCCACGGCCUAUUACCCUCAAAAUCCUUUGCUCUCCAGAGACGAUUACUGGCCACCAAUUCCGUACACUUGCCGAAAAAGGUCAGAUGGAUGCUCGUCGACAAAUGACAGUAAUUUGGGAAAACAUGAAUUCCAAGCUAUUAGAGGAACCACUUCAACUUCCUUCAUGGACAUGAGGAGUUCGGAUAGUUAUAGUGAGAAAAGGAACAAAGAAGGUUGCAGGGGUAAUGAUGGUGUUCGUUUUAGCUUAGGUUCGGUCUCCACAUCGAGUUCGCGAUCUAUUGGCAACCCUGCAUAUCGUCAGUAUGAUUGUCCUAAUUUUGGAUUGCAACAUAAUCAGAAAAGCUCGGACAAUGUCUCUUCAUCUAAUGGAGUACUGUUCUAUAAUUUCCUGCCUCCUGGUCCAACUAGAAAUGAGAAAAGAGCAUCUGAGAUGAGAGAACCACUAGCUGGUGGCAUUGAUCUCGACCUGAAACUUUAGGAGAUUUUUGUGCUUUGGAUGGAUUCUUCGUACAAAUAAUUAUUCCACGGUCAUCUUUGGCUAUUUAUUGUAUCAAGGGAGACUUGAAUCACUAGAGGAGUUUCAGCACAGUGGACAGGCAGCGACAAGCACCGCACCCAAAAUUUCAGCUACACCUUGUUGAUGGGUCAAGAACAAUCCAUCAUUCGCUUGAUUCAAAUUAAUCGUAUGGACAACCAUAUAAAACAGAGUAACGGUGUAUCAAACGUUAAGAUCUCUACUUCAAUAUUUGUCGUUUGUUCAGUGUCUUUUCUGAUGGAUUAAAUGUAUCCCAUGCGGUUGUAAUUCUUCUUUCUUUAGUAAAAGUGUAAAACCCACAGAGUGUUCCAGUUAUGAUGCAAGUGAGAAUGAAAGACGCUGAACUUUUUCAA